AUGGCCAUGAGCUUAGUCACACCCACCUCCAAACCCUCUCCCACCGUCGACUUGCCCUAUCGUCCCUUUCCUCCCUAUGAACGUCCACCGAGACGGUUCUUUCCCCUUCUGGAAUUACCGGCCGAAACACGCCUAAACGUCUACAGACAGCUGCUCCCCGACGUGAUCGAGGUCUCCCUUUGUGAAGCGUCGGUCGCGCGCCCGAACAAAGCAUCCACAUGCAUCGGCAAAUCCGAGGCGUCCUACUACCUCUCACGCUUCUUUGCUUUGGAAUCACUCAUCCGCAACAGUGGGCUUGUCCUACUUCAAGUCUGCGCACUCGUCAAGAACGAGAUCCUCCCGCUCCUCAACCAACUGACGGUCCGGUUCCACUGCCUCAAAUGCCUGUGCGAGUUCUUCGCCAACAACUCGUACGGCCUCGGCGUGGGCAUCUCCUGGAUCAAACAUAUCGAAGUUUUGGCCGCGCACGAAAACAACAACGAGAACUUGACCGCGCUUUUCCCGGAACCCUUCCAGCUCUUCACGCCCCAUCUCAUCCGCGCCAUGGACCGCGAACGGGCCGUUUCAGUGAUGAAGCAAGCCCAGAGCCUUGUCCGGAUGUACUUCGGCUGGCCGACUCGCAGCCCCUCGGAGAAGUGGUCGCGCAAGCUGAUACCGUAUAUAACCUUCCCGGAUAACCCGGCGGAGAACGGUGAAACCUUUCCUGACGGAUGGCACAUACUUGGUCAGACGGAAGAUGGCAGCUUCAUUGUUAGGUUUGAGUAUCCCAUCCAGCUACCCCCCGUCACUAGAUAUGGAAGCAUCCCACCUGAAUGUUUGAUGUGGCCGCCGCCGAGGCCAAGAUGCGCACUUAGGGAUUUCAGAAACAAAUGGUUGAUCACUGGUCGUUUCGACUUCGAGCCAGACCAAUGA